CUUUGUUCGUAGUGCUUGUUUCACAUCUACACCAGGACAAUAUUUCGUCGUUUAAUUUUGCAAGAUAAGGUUUUCUCUUGAUGAAAACUCGCGAAGAAAGUUCGUCUUCAUUUACAUGUAAAUCAUCCUCAAUUUCCGCCAUUGUCCAUAGGGCCGGCCGCGUCCUUUAAAAAGUAAAAGGUCCUGGUGACUAAUUGUUACAAUACAAUAACAAAUUAUCAUUAAAUUUUAGAGAAAAAUGAAACAAUUUCUUCUAAAAACGGGAUGAAUUCAGGGACUUCCUCUUAUCCGAUCUUUGAAAACUUACGUAUUCAAAAACUAUGGAUGUUUUUCUACCUGAAAAGUUAUAAUUGGUUCUAAACUAUGAGUGAUGCGGCCAAGAAUCGAGUCUUAGUUUUAGGGGCACAAUUCAACAGAGUGGAGAAAUCUGGAACCCUUCCUGUACAGGAAAAGAAGUCUUUUUGGAAACGAAAUACGAAUAAAUUGCCAGGAAGGUAGGGCGUGUGUGUUAGAUUAUAUCUUGUCCUUUUAAUGUGUACGGUACAUAUUUUAGCGGUGUUUGUGAUUUUUUUCUUGGGAAGCGGGUCUUGCCCUUGGUCGCUAUAAAUUGACUUCUGACCCUAGAGUUUGUUCACAUUCUCUAUUUUCUCGUUCAUUAAAUUGACUUAGUUUCUUCUUGUUGUCAUUUUUUUUAACUCUGUGCUUAAAGGUGUUACUACACGAGUACACGAUGGCUUUUCGUAUAAUUUAUUGUAGAAUCAUGUGUACGUUUAAUUAAGUGCCUGUAAACGAGGAAAUAUUGAAUAAUUGUAAUAUUGAAAGGGGAAAUGGCAAAAUGUAAAUUUUGUUAUAAUCAGUGGUAAAUUAGGGCAAUUGGUCAUUGAUAUAUAAAGUGAGUCAUGGAUAUGUAUAAUAGUACUGAAUUAGUACAAUAUAUUAGAAGAAAGAAUUAUAAAUAUAAUUUUGUUAUAAUCAAUGGCAAAUUUAUUAAUUUAAAGUGAUUCUAUAUGAUGAAAGUGGACCACAAUAAUGUUGUUAUUGACAAUUUCAUUUUCAAGCAUAAAAGCAGUCCAAAGUAAAGGAAGUCAGGAUCACCCGACAAGUCCGUCUAGUAGCGGCUCUCCUUCGCCACCAGGAAACACAAUAUCGAGGUUUGUAAAUCCAAACAAGACAGCUGCAAAGUAUGAGGUACAUUAUCUCAUGGAAAAGCCAUCCCUUUUAUUUCUAUUAGCUAUUUGAAACCAAAUUUGAUUGAGUGUAUAGAAGACAAUUUCUCUGUAAUCAGGAAAUGUCUAUCAGAACAAUGUCUAUUGAAAAUCUCAUACACAAUUUUUAAACAUGACUAUUAUAGACAAUUGAAAUAUAUCACAAGCUACUUUAUGCACAAUUUUUAAGUCAAUAAAAACAAAUAAUAGCGAGCUUAAGCAUAGUAAGCGACGUUUUUUACAAACGAACGUUGACCGGAAGCAAAUUUGACGUUAUCAACCAACCAACAUUCUUGACCCAGUCUUUCAACGUUACUCAUGCCGUUUGUGUUGUCAAAAACGUUGUUUGCUUAAGCUCGCUAUGUUGACAACCGUUACAUCAGUCUUUUAUAAUUGCUACUAAUUAAAGCAUAUGCUUUAGUAACCCAGAAAAAAUGCGAGGUAAAAUACAGUCGUUUGAAGAUUAUACCAGCAAGACACACGAUGCAUGGUGCGAAGAUGAUGAUGAUGUAGAGAAAGUUGGAGAGAGAGUUGGUUCGGUUAUUAUUCAAGAACCAACAGUGAAGGUUAUCCGUGGUGGUGAUAUACGGACUGGUAUUUUAUCCAGAAUGAAGAAGAAACAUAAUCAUGGUAGGUUGAUGGUAACAGUAAUUCUGUCAUGGUACCAUCAUUCCUAGAAUUAUCAUUGUUGGCACCACCAUUAUCAUCGUCAACACCAUCUUUACCAUCUUCAUCACACAACCAUCAUCAUUACUGUCAUCACCACCUUGAUCAUGGUGACCACCAUCAUCACCAACACCACCACCAUGACCACCAUGAUCAUCACCAUCACCACCAGCAGCAUCAUCACCACCACCACCACCAUCAUCACCAUACAAUAACUCUUGCAUAUUUUCAGCCAAUGAUGUAAGGCCUAGACAAGCACCAUCAAGUUCGAACAAAGAACAUACAGUGCAACCAAAGCCCCUUCCUCUCCCACCACAUGCUGAAAUACAACUUGAACUGCAAGAACAAGAAAUGUUGAAACUUGAAAGAUUUGGAAAAAUUUUGGCCGGCCCAACCACAGAUUUAGGUACCUAAUUUUGUAGUUUAUGAGAUUAUAGAUGAAUUCUGUGAUCAGAGGUAUUCAUGAAUUGUCAAAUCUUUUUUAUUACAGAUACCAGCCUUUUUUAUAUUAAUUGUUCACUAAGUUUGUUAUAAUAUAUAUACUAAGUUUAUUUCUUGACUACAUAUAUAGUAAUUUUACGACAGUACAGUUGGUCAGGCAUCCCUGCUCAAGUUCGACCGACAACUUGGCAGCUUCUCUCAGUAUGUACAAUUGUUUAUAUAUUUUGUAAAUACAAUAGUAUAACAUCAAAACUUGUAAAAUGUUGACACUUAUAGUCUUAUAAGAGGAAACAAGUAUAUUAUUUAAUCCAUUAAUGAAGUAGUAUUGUGCCCCAAUACACCCUAUUUUACUCUGUCUAAUGCCAGAUGAUUUUAUUUUAAAGGGAGAGAGAUUCUGUUCAUGUCUUACAUUUAAUUAGCCAAAACUGGUUGAAAUUCAUUAUAGUUGCCGUUUGGUUUGAACAGUUUAAGGUGGCUCGAUAUAGUUAUCACGAAAACCCUGCUCAAGAAUCGCGAACUCAAAACCGGGUGACCAUUUUUACGCGCAGGUCGCGGAAACUGAUUAACAAAAUGACAGAACUUCCAAAAUGACCUGACGUAAGCAGCUGCUCGCGCCAUCUCACGUCAUUUCGCGUGUUCUAUAUAGCGUUUUAUGUCAAUUGCUGACGUCAUUAGAAUUUUCCAUUUUAGAAAAACAAUGCGCUAUAUCUCUUUAUUUUGUCUGGUGACCUAUGUUCAAAUUUUGCAUGCUGUAUUUCACCGCUAAAAACUUUCAUUAUACAAAAAAUAAAAAAAUUCUGUAAUGCCAAAAAAAUUUUACCGAAGAAUAUGACAUUUUCGCAUUUUCCAAAAAAAUGGCAUUACAGAAUUUUUUUAUAUUUUGCUAAUUGUUAGCUUUUCGUCCAAGUACAAUAAUGCACGAAAAAAAAUUGGGGGUCACCAUGCUUCUUUUCCAACUAUACGAGACGAAAGGCCAUUUUGAUACACGUAUGUCGUCAUAGCAACGAACUAUCUGUUACUAAAACUAAUAUAAUUUGAAAGUAGAGAUAUCGAAAUAUAUAAAAAACCCAAUAUCUGCUGAAUAUAUUCUAAAAAUGCAUAGUUUGAACAUUUCAAAGUGUUGAACACCUGAAUUUUUGAAAACUGUAUCGAGCCACCUUAACGUCACUUUUUACUAAUUUCUAACAUCUUCUUUUCAGCCUUUUAGUCCUUAAAAUUCCUGAUACAUGCAUGGCUUUGAAAGUAUUUGAAAAGUUCUUGAAUUUAACGGUUGACCACAAUCUGAUGCACAAUGGUGCCUAGUGAAACCCAUGUCUAGACAAAAUAGUAUUUUUAUUUACAUGUACUCGAUAGGCUAUGUACAUGUACUCGCUAGGCUAUGAUGUACUAUAAUUAUCCUUUUGAGUUUUCACCUUAUCAUAUAAAUAUAUUUUCUCUAGGGUUAUCUUCCAGUGAACAUAGACCGACGACAGAGUGUAUUAGAUAGAAAACGACAAGAAUAUUACAAUUUAUUAAAACAAUAUUACGAUACGAGACACGAAGAUAUACAUCAAGACACAUUUAGACAGGUAUGGAAUCUAGUCAUGGAUGAUUACAGCUAUACAGCUAUAGACGAAAUUUUGAUCUAGACAACUGAAGAACGACAUUCAUAACCAUAGCUGGAAAGAGCAUCCUAAAAUGUGUAAAAUUGCAAAGUUUAGUUGCGAAUUGUUGUAAAAUGAGGAAAAUAUAGCCCUGUGAAGUUCACAAAUUUUGUAUAUAUUAGCAUUACGCGCGGAAAAAAUAACCAUUUCUGAGCCGAAAGUGGUUAUUUACUAUAUUUUCUUCAUUUUACAACAUUUAGCAACCAAUCUUUGCAAUUUUACUUAUUCUAAGAUGCUCGUUCUAGCUGUGGUGUUGGAUUUCGUUCUUUUCGCCUUGAUCAAAAUGUUGUCUAUAGGGAUAUAGCUAGAAUGACCCAUUAUUUUUAAAUCUGACUAAAAUCGAGAAUUCUCAUAAUAUUCCAUACUUUCUAACAUUUUUCUAGAUUCAUAUCGAUAUUCCAAGAACAAAUCCUCUCAUUCCACUUUUCCAACAACCCGCCGUACAAGAAGUAAUUUAUUUCUUAAUAUACAAAACGUCUUAAUUUUAUAAAGUAAAUAUUGACUCUGUAUAUGCUAGCCUGAAUACAAGAUUACAAUGAGAACUCUGGCAAACGGCUUUGCUCAAAAAAUAUUAUCUCUGCUUUAUAUUAAAAUUUGCUUUGUGUAUGAUUGACCAUAAUUACAUUGUCAUUGUAUUUUUUCUAAUGUGGAUAUUUUCCCCACAACUAGACAUUUGAAAGAAUUCUGUAUAUCUGGGCUAUACGUCAUCCCGCUAGUGGCUACGUCCAAGGAAUCAAUGAUUUAGUCACGCCGUUUUUUGUCGUCUUUCUGUCCGCAUUUACAGGUAGGCUUAGGCAGGGACUGGGUUUUUUUUUCUUCACUUAUUAAGGCUGUUCAAAUGUGGUAGUUGGGUCGAAGACUUACACUGUCAAAGUUUCUGAUCACAGUAUAGGAAUUUUGCAUAGGUAAAUUCUAAGUUUUGAAGGAUUUGUAAGAAAUGCUUGAGGAAACUUACUGAGUGUUAUAAAGGAUGGUUUACACUAUCAAAGUUUCUGUGAUCACAGUAGGAAUUUUGCAUACGUAAAUUCUAAGUUUUGAAGGAUUUGUAAGAAAUGUUUGAGGAAACUUACUGAGUGUUAUAAAGGUUGGUUUACACUAUCUGAAAGUUUCUGUGAUCACAGUGGGAAUUUGGCAAAGGUAAAUUCUAAGUUUUGAAGGAUUUGUAAGAAAUGUUUGAGGAAACUUAUUGAGUGUUAUAAAGGAUGGUUUACACUAUCAAAGUUUCUGUGAUCACAGUAGGAAUUUUGCAAAGGUAAAUUCUAAGUUUUGAAGAAUUUGUAAGAAAUGUUUGAGGAAACCGACUCGGUGUUAAACACUUUGUCAAUUCCCUCGAACAUUUCUUACAAAUCCUUCAAAACUUAGAAUUUAGCUGAAUUAUUUUUUAUUUAAUUUAUUAAUUUUGUUUUGUCUUAUGUUGGGAGGUUUACGGUACCACUAUUCUUCAGCUGGAACAUCAAGUCAGGUUCAUCAUGUUUCCUUAUAGUAAUACCCUUAUACCCAGCUCGACCAUCAGUAUCAGGUUUUGUUUGGCGAUAUAUAUAAGGAGAAGCGUACCAACCGACAUAUGAUAUUAGCCGAAUUCAUAUUAGAAGACGGAUUUCCGUCUAAGACGGGAAACUCGUCUCAGACGAGAAACUCGUCUUGAUAUAAAUUCGGUAAACGACGGGUUUUCCGUCUCAACUUUUCCGUCUAACUUUCCCGUCUGAACGACGGGAAAGUUAGACGAGUUUCUCGUCUUAGACGGAAAUCCGUCUUAAAUUUAUAUCAGACGAAUAAAUCAAGACGGGUUUCUGCUCGUAACGUUUAAAAGAGACUGGGGUGGAGGGUCUCUUAUUUUUUCGGGUUUAUCCGUCCGAUGGUUUUCGUUUCAUACUUAUACCAGACGGAAAUCCGUCACACGAGUUUCCCGUCUUAGACGGAAAUCCGUCUUCUACUACCUAUGAAUUCAGCUAUUAAGACGAUGACCAUUAAUUGUAUCUUUUAGAUGGAGAAUUAGAAACAUACGACGUUAGUAAAUUAUCCAAAGACGCUCUGAAUACUAUCGAAGCUGAUAGUUUUUGGUGUUUAGGAAAAUUACUCGAUGGAAUACAGGUAUCAAUUAUCUUAAUAAAAUACUAAUUAAGGUACUAAUUGAAAUUAAAUUCUAACUAGUAGCAAGUUCAACUUUUCUCGAUUUCAAUAGUAUCAAUCUAUUUCCCAUUUACUACCCGUAGCCUUUCCUCUCAAUUUUUAGGAUAACUACACAUUUGCUCAGCCUGGAAUUCAGCACAAAAUUCACGCAUUAAAAGACUUGAUUCAAAGAGUCGAUGGUACUGUAGUGAACGUUUUAAAUCAGUCAUGUUAUCCCUUCUUCUAACGGCUUAAUUAAGCUUACUUAUGUCUAUGAAUAAGUCAGAACAAUUAGUGGCUGCAUGGCAUGGAGAACAGUGAGGUCUUCAAAACAAUGAAUAAAAUGGAACAUUCCGAUCACUGGAUCAUGAACUGCACUCCUUGCAAUUACUAGCCCAACUCCCAACCGAGUAAAGGUCUAGAUACCCAAAUAUGCGAGUUGCAAUCUCGUUCGAGACAACAAAUUUUUCGUUGUUCUCUCGAGUGUCAGAAUAAUAUGAAUCUAUGGUUUUCGUAUCUCUGCGGACGGUUCUGAAACAGAAUUAAAACACACUGCGCGUCCUCCAAUACAAGUGUCAAGUUGUCGCGAAAAUAUUCGUGCUCUUAAAUUGGAUAAGACUCGCUACCAAUCCCCGGUAACGGUCCUAGGUCUAGGCAGCAUGACACGAUUGUGAUGCAAGUGUUAUUAUUAUUCCACUAUAUUAUUUUUCGUUUUAUAGCUCCACUUCAUCACCAUUUAAUAAAACACAAUGUAGAAUAUUUGCAGUUUUCAUUUCGUUGGAUGAACAAUCUCUUAAUGCGAGAACUUCCCUUGAGAUGUACGAUACGACUGUGGGAUACUUAUUUAGUAAGUUUAUCACAGGGCGCUAAGCGCCCUGGUUUAUCAUGUCAUUCAUCAGCGUGGUGAUGAUAGUGUUGGUAAUGAUGGUAGUGUUGGUGAUGAUGGCAGUGGUGAUGAUGUAAUGAUGGUAAUUUUGUAAUGAUGGUAAUGUUGUGAUGAUGGUAAUGUUGUGAUGAUGGUAAUGUUGUGAUGAUGGUAAUGUUGUGAUGAUGGUAAUGUUGUGAUGAUGGUAAUGUUGUGAUGAUGGUAAUGUUGUGAUGAUGGUAAUGUUGGUGAUGAUGGUAAUGUUGGUGAUGAUGGUAGUGGGUGAUGAUGGUAGUGGUGAUGAUGUAAUGUUGUGAUGAUGUAAUGUUGUGAUGAUGUAAUGUUGUGAUGAUGGUAGUGUUGGUGAUGAUGGUGAUGUUGGUGAUGGUUGUUGGACUUGGUGAUGAUGGUAAUGUUGGCGAUGUUGAUAGUGUUGGUGAUGAUGGUAGUGGUGAUGAUGGUAGUGACAAUAAUACUAGAGAGGUUCAGAUUUGACUUCCACUACCAUGGCCACUACCUCCCACUGGCUUAGUCCGCAUUUCAUUGGUUAAUCGGAUAUAUGAAACGCAUCUGAUUGGUCGAUAAUCCCUUAAUAUGGUAGUGGUAGUGGAUGUUAAAUCCGAACCUCUUAAUAAUGAUGAUGGUAGUGGCGAUAAUUGAGGGCCGUCAUCGCCAACACCAUCAUCACCAUCAUCAUCACCAUCACCAUCACCAUCACAUGGUAAUUCUGUGGUCAGCGCGCACACUCCUCGAUAAAUAAACCUGAAUGACUUUCCUGUACAAGUUAAUUUAUAAUUUUUUACAUUUUUAGUCUGAAGCCGAAGGUUUCUCUAAAUUUCAUCUGUAUGUCUGUGCAGCGUUCCUUAUGAAAUACUCCGAACGAAUUCGGGAAGAAUCAGACUUUCAGGUACAAAUACAAUUACAUUUCUGCGUCUUUUACAAUAUAUUGUAUAUUGAUGAGUGAAACCACGACAUUUUAUACAUUAACGAGAACUACCCCAAAUAUAAUUUUUGGUAUGUGUAAUAUUUGGGUCAUUCUAAGAAGAAAUGUAAUAUAUCUUUUAGUAAAAAAACUCAUCUUGAUCAACUUUUUCACUGUCAAAGUUUCCGGAUAUGAUGUAAGGUGAAUUUUUGGUACAAAAAAACAAAGGAAAACUAAUUUGCAAUUCACCUAAUGACAUCAUAUCCGAAAACUUUGGCAGUGAAAAAGUUGAUCAAGAUGGGAUUUUUUUAUUAUAAGAUAUAUUACAUUUCGUCUUCGGAUGACCCAAAUAUUACACAUACAAAAAAUCAUAUUUGUGGUCAGUCGCACUUUAUAACUAUUCUUUGCUUUUGAACUUUUUUAUUUUAUGCCGAAUGAAUCUUAUUGUUUUUUUCUAGAGUUUAUUGAUCUUACUGCAGAACUUGCCAACAGGAAACUGGGGGUACAAAGAUGUUGAACUUUUAGUUGCUGAAGCAUUUAAACUGAAGAGUUUAUUUGGCGAAGCACCAAAACAUCUCCAGUCGAGAUAACAAAUGGAAUAUUCUAGGAAUUAUAAAUACCAUGUGGAGAUUUUGGGUGAAUUUCUAAGAAAGCUAAAUGAAAUAGUCUUCGAGAUAGAUCUGAAGAAUUAUAAAACUUCUAGUUUUGUACAAAAUUUUUGGAGAUACUUAUUUUGUCUAGCUGUGAAGGCAUAUAGUUGUAGGUAUCACUAAGCGUUACAGACCUGCAAAUGGUUGUCAACUUUAAAGCAAACAUAUAUUUAAACAGGGCCAUAGCUACCUGGGGAUGUGGGAGGGUAUACAUCUCCCCCCCCCCCCAUUUGUUUGAGAAUAAUUUCAUGUAAAUGUAAAGGUGACCUGAGCUGAUUUUCAGGUAAAUUCAGUUUGACAUAUUAAGAGUUGCAUGGGAAAACAAGACUACACUAUAAUACUACAUGUACGGUAUUGAAAACUUAAAUUGACAUUAUUUCCUCUCUGACAACAGCAGGUUGACUAUCUACCAUCUGCUAGGCGAUAGCACUUAGUGAACAAUUGUUUUAGUAUAAAUGUAUAAAUAGAUAAAAAUUUGUUAAAACAGUUCAUGUGUAAACGCUUGUUUAUUCUCUCAGAUCAACCCUGAUGAAAAACACUAUAGACGCAGUAGAAACAUUGGGUCGUGAUUAUUAUUUGUUCAGAAAUUACUUUUCUAAUAACGAAACACUUCUAUUUUACUUUUUAUUACAUUUCUGAGAAGAACUCCUUUGUUCACGAAUAUUCAUUUCUUACCCAGUAACAUUUUAGCUAGUGCUCUACGUAUCUUAGUAUCCCUACACGAAUAUACAAAGAAAUUAGCAGCGCCAUUACAAUAUGUGAAAGUGCUGAACACACUGUUCUCAAUAUCCCAUUCACCUGCGAAAAUAUCUUGAAUUGAUAACAACUGUUUGAUUAGGAACGGCAGCCAAACGACCACAAAAAGUAAAAUAACUAGACCAAUGGUCCAAGUUGCUUUCAUUUGUAGGUAAUAAUAUUUCCUCUUUUUCCAUCCACACUGUCGAGAAAUCCUAACUUUGUGUCCCUUUGCUACCACGAACAUUUUAUGAUACAAAAAAGGCACUAGCGUA